UGCGACAUCGCCGUCGUUAUCUCAUCCGCCUGUGAUCUCAGCGUUGUUUCUCUGACUUCCUUUUUGUUUGCACGAGCGCUUGCCUGAGUCACUACCAGAACCCCAAACAUGGUCAACUCACCCCUUCCCUCCGAUCUCACGUCAGAAUGCCGGAAAGCCGCAAAGAUCAUUGAACAUUUUAUCAAACCCGAGAAGGGAAAAGGUCCAGACCAACUCAUUCCCCCUCAUAUAAUUGCAAAUGCCAAAGGUAUAGCGGUUUUGACUGUCAUAAAAGCCGGUUUUUUAUUUUCCGGUCGUGCGGGUUCGGGACUGGUUAUUGCAAGACUCGAUAAUGGAGGUUGGUCGGCUCCUUCGGCAAUCGGAACCGCAGGAAUGGGUGUUGGUGGUCAAAUUGGAGCAGAAUUGACGGACUUCGUCAUUAUCUUGAACACAAGAGAUGCGGUAAAAGCGUUCAGUCAUGGGGGAAAUGUGACACUUGGAGGAAACCUUUCUGUCGCUGCUGGGCCAAUCGGACGUAACGCAGAGGCCGCAGGUACGGUUGGUAAUUUUGCAGCCAUUUUCUCAUACAGCAAAACGCGUGGACUUUUUGCGGGUGUUUCAAUUGAGGGAUCAGUGAUUGUCGAACGCAAGGACGCCAAUGCGACAUUUUAUCACCGCAAGGUAUCUGCAAAGGAACUUCUCUCGGGGUCAAUUCCUCCGCCGCCAGCUGCAGAAGAGUUGUACAGAGCUCUGAAUCGACGCGCAGGCACCACCUCUACCCUACCCGGAAAUGGCACUAUGCCCGCCUCUUAUGGUUCCAGUGGCUCCAUCGCUCAAGCACCGUCCACCGGUAUUGAGAAUAGCAAACCAACAGCACCUGCUGCAUGGGCCGCUCCACCACAGGGCUUCCUUAGCAACCCGGCACCUGGUGUUGCGGCUCCAGCGCAGGGCUUCCUCAGCAGUCCGACACCUGGCGUUGCCGCUCCACCUCCUCCAGCCACCAAGAAGGGUGAUACGGCCGUUGCAUUGUACGAUUUCGCGGGAGAGCGAUCGGGAGAUUUGGGCUUCAAGAAGGGAGAUAUUAUUGUGAUUGUCCAGAAGACCCAGAGUCAGAAUGACUGGUGGACGGGCAAAUGUAAUGGAAAGGAGGGCGCGUUCCCGGCAAAUUACGUUGCCCUGCAGUAGAGAGGCGUGAUGUCUUGUUGAUAUGUACCUGUUACCUAUUUUCGUACUUAGCUAGAUUGUCUGCUGUAUCGGUAGCACAUGUUGGAGUGUUUGCGUUGUUUCCCGUCGUCAGCUAACGCGCCUGAAUAUCUAAUAAUAUGUGGGAAGUAUAUGACAUGAGGCACAUCAGCUAGAUAUGGA